AUGGAAUCCCGAAUUGGAGAGGGCAAACAUCCCACAUCACCAUCCGAAGCGCGCCGUCAGCAAAAGAAUCUGAAGUUCGUAAUUGUAUUGAAGGUUAAAGAAAUAUGGAGAACUGGAAGUGAAUAUGUUGAAAAAUUGAAUAAAUUAGGUUUAAAAGAUCCAUGGAUUAGAAACUAUGCUUGGGUUUAUUCAUCAAGGGUUUAUCGUACACGUUCACAACAUCUUAAAUUAAUGUUUUUAUCACAAUUACCAGUUGGUAUAGUUUUGGGGGUUGUUGCCAGUUUAAUGGUCAAUGCAUUCGAUAGGUGGCGUAAACGUCAAUUUCAACUAGCGUCACAUUAA